AUGGCGGACGCGUCUGAGUGCGGAGUAAAAGUAAUGUGUAGGUUCAGGCCUUUAAAUGAAUCGGAACAAUCAAGAGGAGACAAAUACAUACCAAAAUUUAAGGGGGAAGAUACUGUUGUGAUAACGGGUAAGCCCUAUGUGUUUGAUCGGGUCCUGCAGCCCAACUCUGCCCAGGAGCAGGUGUACGACGCAUGCGCCAAGCAGAUUGUCAAAGAUGUGCUGGGCGGGUACAAUGGGACCAUCUUCGCUUACGGACAGACUUCCUCAGGGAAGACCCAUACCAUGGAGGGCAAGCUCCAUGACCCCCAGCUGAUGGGCAUCAUCCCUCGUAUAGCCAGGGACAUCUUUGACCACAUCUACUCCAUGGAUGAGAACCUGGAGUUCCACAUCAAGGUCUCCUACUUUGAAAUCUACUUAGAUAAGAUCAGAGACCUGCUAGAUGUAUCCAAGACCAACCUGGCUGUCCACGAGGACAAGAACCGGGUUCCGUACGUGAAGGGAUGCACUGAGCGCUUCGUCUCCAGCCCAGAGGAAGUGAUGGACGUUAUCGACGACGGGAAGAGCAAUCGUCACGUCGCUGUCACAAACAUGAACGAGCACAGCUCUCGCAGCCACAGCAUCUUCCUGAUCAGCAUCAAGCAGGAGAACGUGGAGACAGAGCUGAAGCUGUCAGGGAAGCUCUACCUGGUGGACCUGGCUGGCAGUGAGAAGGUCAGUAAAACUGGAGCAGAGGGCUCAGUGUUGGACGAGGCUAAGAACAUCAACAAGUCUCUGUCAGCCCUGGGGAACGUCAUAUCUGCGCUGGCCGAGGGAACUAAAACUCACGUCCCGUACAGGGACAGCAAGAUGACCCGCAUCCUGCAGGACUCCUUGGGGGGGAACUGCAGGACCACCAUCGUCAUCUGCUGCUCCCCCUCCGUCUAUAACGAGGCCGAGACCAAGUCCACACUCAUGUUCGGACAGAGAGCUAAGACCAUCAAGAACACGGUGUCGGUGAACCUGGAGUUGACUGCUGAGGAGUGGAAGAAGAAGUAUGAACUGGAGAAGGAGAGGAGCAGAGGACUGAAGAUCAGGAUCCAGAAACUAGAGAACGAACUAAAACGCUGGAGGAAAGGAGAGGCGGUGCCUGUGGAGGAGCAGCACAACAGUAAGGAGAAGACCAGCGAGGCCACACCCGUCAUCGAGACCCUAGCCCCGCCCUCUGCCCCGCUGUUGGACGAGGAGAAGACCCGGUACGAGGGACUCAUCACUGAACUAUACCAGCAGCUGGAUGACAAGGACGAUGAGAUCAACCAGAGCAGUCAGUUGGUGGAGAGUCUGAAGGAUCAGAUGAUGGACCAGGAAGAGCUGCUGUCAUCCGUGCGCCGGGACCUGGAGCGUGCGCAGGAGGAGCUGUCCCAGCUGCAGAGGGAGAGCAGGGCGUCCAAGGAGGAGGUGAAGGAGGUACUGCAGGCCCUGGAGGAGCUGGCCGUCAACUACGACCACAAGAGCCAGGAGGCCGAGAACAAGACCCGCCACAACCUGCAGCUCAGCGAUGAGCUCAGCCAGAAGACGACCUCUCUGGAGGGCGUUCAGAGGGAGCUGUCCAGCCUGCAGGAGCUCAGUAGCCACCACAGGAGGAGGGCAGCAGAGAUCCUCAGCCUGCUGCUCAGGGACCUCAGUGACAUAGGAGGCAUCCUCGGCACCAGUGACCUGAAGGCUAUGGCGGAGGGCAGUGGGGUGAUGGAGGAGGAGUUCACCAUGGCUCGUCUGUACAUCAGUAAGAUGAAGUCUGAGGUCAAGACCCUGGUGAGCCGCAGUAAGCAGCUGGAGAGCAACCUGUCAGAGACGAGCCGCAAGAUGCAGGCCAACGAGAAGGAGCUGGCUUCCUGUCAGAUGCUAAUCUCCCAGCACCAGGCUAAGAUCAGGUCUCUGACUGACUAUAUGCAGAGUAUGGAGCAGAAGAAGAGACAGAUGGAGGAAAGUCAGGACUCUCUCAUGGAGGAGCUGGCCAAGCUCAAUGCUCAAGGGAAGAUGCAAGAGGUGUCAGUGAUGGACAAGGAGAAGGAGCACAUGAACAGACUGCUGGAUGCUGUGGAGAUGAAGAAAACUCUGGAGGAGCAGAUGGAGAACCAUAGAGAGGUGCACCAGAAGCAGCUGACCCGUCUGAGAGACGACAUCGACCUCAAACAGAGAGUCCUGGACGAGCUCAGGGAUCUGAACCAGGCCCAGCGGUUGGAGCACAGCAAGCUACAGUCUGACUAUGACAAAUUGAAGACUGAGGAGAUGGAGAAGGACAACAAGCUUCAGAAACUGCUUUUGCUGACUGAGAAGAGGGAGCAGGCCAAGGAGGACCUGAAGGGUUUGGAGGAGACUGUGGUCAAGGAGCUCCAGACUCUGCACAACCUGCGCACGCUCUUCAUCCAGGACCUGACCUCACGAGUGAAUAUGAGUGCAGAGAUGGAUGUUGACGAGGCUGGAGGCAGCCUGGCCCAGAGACAGAGGAUCACUUUCCUGGAGAACAACCUGGAGCAGCUCACUAAGGUCCACAAGCAGCUGGUGCGUGACAAUGCCGACCUGCGCUGCGAGCUGCCCAAGCUGGAGAAGCGCCUGCGGGCCACGGCGGAGCGGGUCAAGGCCCUGGAGAGCGCCCUGAGGGAGGCCAAGGAGAACGCCAUGAGGGACCGCAAGCGCUACCAGCAGGAGGUGGACCGCAUCAAGGAGGUUGUGAGGGCCAAGAACGUGGCCAGGAGGAGCCACACUGCUCAAAUAGCCAAGCCCAUCCGUGCUGGACAUCACCAGCAGCAGCCUUCAUCCUCCUCCUCCACAGGCCACGCCCUGCGGGGCGGUUCCGGGGGGUCCAGUCCCCACCACCACCGCCCGCGCCAGCCACAGCAGCAGCGCACCAAGUAACCACCAGGCUGGCUGCUUCAGACCUUAGGAUCAAAGCUGGAUCCUCAAGCACAGAUCCUCCAUACAAUGACUUUACUUUAACUUCAAUAACCU